AUGUCACCAAAAGGGGUACGAAUCGAGGAACCAAGCGGAAAUUGUACUCCUAAGAACAUACAAAGUGAGCUGAGCAGAGUAGAAGCAGAUCUGUUGCUGAGCAAAGGUAAAUCGAAGGAAAUUCCAACUACUCCUGCAGCUGAGCAAGCUAUAAUUGAAGGAUCUGGGCAAAAGGUAGUACAAACACAAGGAGUGAAGCNGCAACAGGUUGGCUAUGAAAGGUAUGAAUUUACAGUACAUAGCUCCAACAGUUCAAAAUGGGGGGAAAUUGCUAAGCUAGAAAUGGAAGAUGUCGAACUAGAAACUGAGAAAUGGAGGUCUGCUAUUGUUCUAUAUGUGAUUGGGGAAACACCCACAAUUGGAGCAAUGGAUCGAUUUCUGACCUCAGUGGGUAAGUUCUCAGUGAAGCCACAAAUCUUCUAUCAUAAUGAGGGAUAUUUUGUAAUAAGAUUCACUAAUUUAGAGGAGAGGGAUCAAGUGUUAUACUCUGGUCCACAUACGACUAACAACAAACCUAUGAUAAUGAAGGCUUGGUCAGAUGACUUUAAUGUACAAGAUGAGGUCGUGAAAACCAUUCCCCUAUGGGUGAGGUUUCCAAACUUACCCAUAAAUUGCUGGGGUAUGAAGGCUUUAAGCAAGAUAGGAAGCACAUUGGGGAAUCCAAUAUAUGCAUAUGAAUGUGCUACUGAGUCAGUUAGGAUUUCUUAUGCACGUAUGCUGAUAGAAAUGGACAUUACAAAGCCUCUACCUAGAUAUGUGAAGCUACAGGAUCACAAGGGAAGGUUAAUCCAGCAAGAAGUCACUUAUGAUUGGGAGCCAAAAUACUGCACAAAAUGCUUGAAAAUAGGGCAUGAUUGUGUAGAAACUAAAAUAGUGCAGCCUCAGGGAGUGGUGCAGCAGAGGAAGAUAAUAAAGAAUAAGCAAGUCUGGCUCAGAAAUGACAGGCAACAUGAUAAUGUGAAGAAGGCUGAUGAGAAAAAGGUUGAUGUACAAAAUGAAGCAUCAGUGGCUAACCAACAGAAUGAACCAAAUCCAACAAGCAAUGAUAGCCUGGGAAAGGAAGAGGGGUACAAGUGCUAUGCAGGGGAGGAGUUCAGAGGUGCAAGGGUUGUAUCACCACCCAUACUUUAUACCUGUAUGAGUGUGAUAACUUGGAAUGUGAGGGGACUGAAUAAAACUUAUAAGCAAAAGGAGAUAAAGGAGUUUAUAAGAGGGAACAAUAAAGCAAUAAUAACUUUAGUAGAACAUAGAGUAAAAGAUCAAAAAGAGAAUGUAGUGAUCAAGAAAAUAGCACCUGGUUGGGAAUGGGUAUCCAAUUCAAGUGUAAACUAUAAAAGCAGAAUCUGGAUCAUGUGGGAUCCCAGAAUAUACAUAUUUGAGCCAGUGGAAAUAGAGGAGCAACUGAUACAUGGUCAAGUCAGAGUUAUUGCAAAAGCUGUUAUAUUUGGUUUUUCAGCAGUACAUGGAUUACAUACUGUGAAAGAUAGAUUGAAGCUAUGGGACAAGAUGAGGCAAAUCCACAACAUACAACAAGGACCUUGGCUAGCUAUGGGAGACUAUAAUGUUGUAGUACAUUCACAAAAUAGACUAUAUGGUACAGAGGUCCAAGAUAUGGAAACAAAAGAUUUUAAGGAGUAUAUGAGGGAUACAGGGAUGAAUGAGUUGCAGUAUGUGGGGAGGCACUACACCUGGACUAAUAAUCAUACCUAUAGCAGAAUUGAUUGGGGGCUUGUAAAUAUAGCUUGGAUGAUGACUAUGCCACAUGUGAAAGUUCAGAUACUGGAACCAAUGGUAUCUGAUCAUUCACCACUAAAAUUAGUAAUCUGUCAGGCACAAGGAAAGAAGAACAAAUCAUUUAAGUUCUUUAACUGUAUUGCUGAACAUCCUCAGUUCAUGCAACACAUAGAAGAAGCUUGGAAGGAUGGAAGCACAAAUGAUAGAAUGCAAAAAGUAUGGAACAAUCUCAAAGGGGUAAAGGAGGCCAUCAAGAACCUAAACACUCAACAUUACAAAGGGGUUGAUGACAAGAUAAAAGAAUUAAGGAGGGAAUUGCAAGGAAUACAGGAGGAAAUGAGUUCAAAGCUGCAGAAUAAGGAGUUGAUUGACAAAGAAAAAGAACUGAAGGGUGAAUUAGAAAAAUUAGAAGAAAGCAUAUACAGACAAAAGUCAAGAGUGCACUAG